UUUAUCUAUUGCUGUUGUUGAUGCUAAAAUUAAGCAAAAACUAUAUCAAACUGAAGAAAAUCCGAUCAAACAAAAAUGGCGAUUCUCACAUCGGAAUUAUUAAAACCAGUUCAGGCAGCUCACGAAUUUGACCGCGACGCCUUAUUCCGUUACAUCUCCGUCAACGUCGCUGAUUUUCCGGCUUCUCCUUCUACCUUCUCCGUUAAACAGUUUGGACAUGGACAAUCAAAUCCUACGUUUCUGGUGGAAGCUGGAAACGGAGGAGAUGCUGUUAAACGGUACGUUUUGAGGAAGAAACCGCCCGGUGAAUUGCUUAAAUCAGCUCAUGCUGUUGAUAGAGAGUACACGGUUCUGAAGGCGCUAGGUGAGCAUACACGAGUUCCGGUUCCAAAAGUGUACUGUUUCUGCGCAGAUGCGAGUGUUAUCGGAACUUCGUUUUACAUUAUGGAGUAUUUGGAUGGACGGAUUUUUGUUGAUCCUAAGUUACCGGGAGUAGCACCUCAAAGGAGGAGGGCCAUUUAUAUAGAAACUGCAAGAGUGUUGGCUGCAAUGCAUUCUGCUAAUGUAGAUGCUAUUGGUUUGGGGAGAUAUGGACGCAGAGAUAAAUAUUGUACACGACAGGUAGAGCGGUGGGGCGAACAAUACAUUGCAUCGACUGGUGAGGGUAAAUCUCCUCGAUAUGCAAAGAUGUUGAAACUCACUGAUUGGUUACAACAAAACAUUCCUUCUGAAGAUUCUCUGGGAGCAUCAGCAGGCUUAGUUCAUGGAGAUUUCCGUAUUGAUAAUGUUGUAUUUCAUCCCGUGGAGGAUCGGGUGAUUGGUAUUCUUGACUGGGAACUAUCCACACUUGGUAACCAAAUGAGUGAUGUUGCAUACAGCUGUAUGGCUUAUCUUGUGGAUAUUAACCUUGACCACCCACAACUAGGCACAGGCUUCCAAUUUACUGGAAUUCCUGAAGGAAUUCCUUCACAAGCAGAAUAUCUGGCAGAAUACUGCUUUGCAUCUGGAAAAGCGUGGCCAGCCAAAGAGUGGAAGUUCUAUGUUGCCUUUGCCAUGUUUCGUGGGGCAUCUAUUUAUGCAGGAGUGCAUAGUCGAUGGAUUAUGGGUAACGCUACAGGCGGUGAGCGUGCCCGAAAUGCAGGAAAUUUAGCUAACGGUCUAAUAGAUUUUGCAUGGGAUUUUAUCUCAAGACAAUCUGUCCUUCCAGAUCAGCCCCCAUCAGCUCCAAUUGUACAUAAUUACACAACACAGUCUGGCAGGGAGAAAGAGUUUCAGGGCCUUCCAGAAGAAAAUGGGAGGUUUAUUCCCAGCAAAAAGGUGCUAGAACUGAGGAAAAAAUUGAUCAAGUUUAUGGAAGAACACAUUUAUCCUUUGGAAAAUGAGUUCUAUAAGCUUGCUCAGUCUUCUUCACGUUGGACAGUGCAUCCAGAAGAGGAAAAGUUGAAGGAACUAGCAAAGGGCGAAGGACUUUGGAAUUUAUUUAUACCUUUAGAUAGUGCUGAAAGAGCAAGAAAACUUAUCUUUGAGGGAAAUAACUCUGCUCUCUCUAAUAAUCCGCAUGAUCAAUUGCUUGGUGCGGGACUCUCAAACCUUGAAUAUGGAUACCUUUGUGAGAUUAUGGGCCGUUCUGUUUGGGCUCCACAGGUGUUCAAUUGUGGUGCACCUGACACAGGAAAUAUGGAGGUAUUGCUGAGAUAUGGGAACAAAGAACAACAACUAGAAUGGCUCAUUCCACUUCUUGAAGGAAAGAUCCGUUCUGGAUUUGCAAUGACAGAGCCACAAGUUGCAUCUUCCGAUGCUACAAAUAUUGAGUGCUCUAUUAGAAGGCAAGGGGAUUCAUAUAUCAUUAAUGGGAAAAAGUGGUGGACAAGUGGAGCCAUGGAUCCAAGGUGUAGAGUUCUCAUAGUGAUGGGUAAAACUGACUUCAAUGCCGCUCAACAUAAACAACAAUCCAUGAUCUUAGUGGAUACUCAAACUCCAGGUGUACACAUAAAAAGACCACUAAUGGUCUUUGGUUUUGAUGAUGCGCCUCACGGUCAUGCUGAAAUUUCAUUUGAAAACGUUUGUGUACCUGCAAAGAAUAUUCUUCUGGGAGAAGGGCGUGGAUUUGAGAUCGCCCAGGGUAGACUGGGUCCGGGAAGAUUGCACCACUGCAUGAGAUUGAUCGGUGCUGCUGAGCGCGGAAUGCAAUUGAUGGUUCAGAGGGCUUUAACUAGAAGAGCAUUUGGGAAAUUGAUUGCUGAUCACGGUUCAUUCCGUUCGGAUAUUGCCAAGUGCCGCGUGGAGCUGGAGAAAACCAGAUUGCUGGUGUUGGAGGCAGCGGACCAGCUCGAUAGGGUUGGGAACAAAAAAGCCCGAGGAAUACUUGCAAUGGCCAAGGUAGCAGCUCCAAAAAUGGCGCUCGAGGUGCUUGACAUGGCAAUGCAAGUACAUGGUGCAGCUGGUGUAUCAUCGGACACCGUUUUGGCCCAUCUUUGGGCUACAGCAAGGACUCUAAGAAUUGCAGAUGGCCCUGAUGAAGUCCACUUGGGUACCAUCGCCAAGUUAGAAUUGCAGAGAGCUAAGCUUUGAGAUCAUAGGAAUGAUUUAUUUGGAAAUUCAAGUGACAUUAUUUAUUUAAGUAAAAAAAAGGGUGGAAAUCUUAAAUUGACAAAAAUAAAAGGUAGAAAAAUAAAUUAAAAUAAUAUUGUCUUUGUGUAAUAACAAAUAAAUAGCAUCUUUCAAGAUGUAUGUCUAAAGCACUUCAUUUCAAAAAUAAUGUGUAAUGUACUUCGAAUACAUAUAACGCCAACGGCAAAUAACAUAGCUUGUCUACUUAGUGUGGACGUUUUGUCUA